AUGCAGGACGUGAAGCUGAAUCUGGGGCGGAUCAUCUGGCAUGGGGAGUGCUGCUGCAGACAAUGUAGGCCAGUCGGGCAAGCCCUGAGCAGGUGUAGGACCCUCAUUGUGGGCUCCUGUUGCCGGCCUGGCAGCCUCUUGCCACGCCCAGCCCCACACAAUCAAUAA